AUGAGGAAAGAGUCACGCUGCCACGUCACCGCUGACACAAUGAUGAGCCCAUCUUUGCCUUUUGCCGGCCGCACCGCAGUUGUGACAGGGGGUGGUAGCGGUAUCGGGAGGUGCACGUGCAAUUUAUUUGCCAGCGAAGGGGCACGGGUUAUUGUGGCGGACAUCGACUUGGAAGCUGCGAGGAGCACGGCCCAGUCUCUGCCUGGGCAUUCUGUGCACCUUGCCGUUCAAGUUGACGUUGGAUGCUCGCAGUCCGUGAAGGCACUUUUCAAAGUUGUAACGUGCGAGUAUGGCGUCUCCCCAAGCAUCGUGGUAAACUGCGCAGGCAUCCUGGGAGCCGGACGCUAUUUGACAGACACACCGGAAGAUGACUUCGAUGACGUUGUUAGAGUGAAUCUUAAGGGCACCUUUCUUGUCACCCAAGCGGCAGCUCAAGCUAUGACUUCUGGAAAUAUUCGCGACGGUUCUAUCGUAAAUGUUGCGAGCAUUGCGGCAAAGUUGGGCAUACCAGGACGCACUGCCUACUGUGCGACAAAGGCAGGCGUCGUAGCAAUGACGAAAGUCGCAGCUAAAGAACUGGCCGCCCAAGGCAUUCGAGUAAACGUUGUUUUGCCGGACACAAUCGACACGCCGUUAAUGGCGCCAGGUUUUAGGGAUAACAAGAACAGAAGGGCACAGGCAGAAGCGAGGAUUCCUCUGGGGCGAAUAGGUCGCCCUGAGGAAGUGGCCGAAGUGAUCAAGUUCCUUUGCGGAAAGGGUAGCUCUUUUAUGUCGGGAGCAGCGGUCGAUAUCUCUGGCGGAUCCAUAUAAAUGUGUGAGUUAAUAUGUGUUUAUAUUUUCAUGGAGAGCACAAAACAUAAGUUAGAAUUGCAUUGUGGGUUUGUGCUUGCGCAAGGUAACACCUGGGGUGCCUCUUUUUGUUUUCUCAAAAAUGUUGUA